AUGGAGAGAAGUGCUAAGGUUUUAUUAUGUGCGAUCUUAGCUGGAAUUGUUUUAAUACUUGUUAGUGUUGGUCUUGCUGCAGCUACAUUGGCUAUUGUCAGUAGUCGAUUAAAAGAAACAACAACGAUAAUAACACCAACAUCAACCAUAACAACAACAAUAACACCACCACCACCACCAACAAUAACAACAACAACAGCAACAACAACAGCAACAACAACAAGUUCACCAUCAUUCAAUUCUACAUAUGUUGAAUCAAUUCAAAUUUCGGAUGUAAUGAAACAUCUUAAUGAAUUACAAACGAUAGCAACUGGUGCAAAUGGUAAUCGAGCUAUUAAUACACGUGGUUUUAAUCAAACACUUGAUUACAUUUAUAAUUCUCUUACACUAAAUACAAAUUUUAGACUACAAAAAAGUUUUUUUUAUUUAAGAAACUUUGUUCCUGCUGGAAAUCCUAUUUUAUUAACAUCGAUUGGUGGUGUUGAAAGAAAUCGUACAUAUUCAACUACUCUUUCAGCAUCAGAAUUUGCUAUUGUUCAAUAUACAAGAUCAGCUAAUUUUGCUAGUUAUAUUCCAAUUACUGUUAUUCCAAAUCUGGGAUGUAGUGAUAGUGAUUGGACUUCUGUAACUCCUUCUGUUAUUGGUCGCGUAGCAUUAGUUAAACGAGGUAAUUGUAGUUUUAUUGAAAAAGCUUUAUUGGCUACAAAAUACAAUGCUACUGCUCUUCUAACAUAUAAUGAUGGUACAGUAGCUGGUAACGUAGCACCCAUAGUUACUAAUCUUGGUCAAGAUAAUGAAAUACCAGCACUUUUUCUUUCUUACACUCUUGGUCAAGAACUUGCUGAUGCCGCUCAAGAUCUAUCAAAAAAUGUUGGCGUCCGACUUAUUAUUACUAUGGCUGAUGAAUCAAGAUAUCCUGUUGGUAAUAUUUGUGCUGAUACACCUACAGGUGAUGCUACUCAAACUAUUGUUAUUGGAAGUCAUAGUGAUAGUGUUCCUGCUGGUCCUGGUAUUAAUGAUAACGGUAGUGGUAGUGCAGCUAAUCUUGGUCUUGCUAUAGCUUUAGCUAAACUUUUUCAAACAUCUACUUAUCCUAAAUAUAAAUACCGUGUUCGAUUUUGUUGGUGGGGUGCAGAAGAAGUGGGUCUUCUUGGUUCUGAUUUUCAUGUUAAACAAGCAGAUAUUGCUACAGCAGUUGGUGAACGACUUCAAGAUUAUUUAAUUAAUCUUAACUAUGAUAUGCUUGGAUCACCUAAUUAUAUCUUUGGUAUUUAUGAUGGUAAAUCAGCAAAUCCUAAUACACCUCCUCAAGCUCUUCCAGGAAGUAAUAAAAUCACUGCUCUCUUUCGUGAUUGGUUUAUUUCACAAAAGUUACCAUGGGACUAUACUGAUUUUAGUGGUCGAAGUGAUUACGGUCCUUUCUUAGCUAAAGGUAUAGUUGCUGGUGGUUUAUUUUCUGGUGCAGACGAAAGAAAAUCCUUUGAACAACGUGAUCGUUAUGAUCAAAUGCUUGGACAAGGAAUGGGUGGUGUUGCCGGUGCCAUCGAAGAUCCAUGUUAUCAUCAAGCUUGUGAUUCGAUUCAAAAUAUAAAUGUAUUUGCGUAUGAAAGAAUGGUGGAAGCAGCGGCUUUUAUGUUAGAAAAAUUAGCUCAACAAGAUAAUUUGAAAGAAUUUCUUUAUCCAUCUGCUGAAAUUCAACGAUUAAAUACACAAGCAAAACCACAACGGGUGAAAAAACAUGAACAAAAAAUGCUUUCUAUAGUUGACGAACUUGUAAAAACACGUCGUGAAUUACAAGAAAUUAGAGAAAAACUUCAUCUACUACAGUCAGGUCAUAGUUCAUCUUCAAAAGCUAUAUUUAGUAUGCCAGUGCCUACCAUCAGUCUAUUUGUUCAAUAUAAUGGACUUUUUAAUGAAUUAUGCGAUAUUCUUCAAACAAUAACUAUCAAAGAACUAUUGAUUAAACUUCGUCAGCUGACUGGAAUUCCUUUUGAUCAUCCAAUAUAUAUUCGUGUACUUAGUGUUGAUGGUUUAAAAACAUUAUUUUUUCUUGAUAACAAUCUUAAUCGAACAUUAGCAUUUUAUAAUGACAAAUUAAAACCACGAAUGAUCUUAAGUAUCGAAGAUGAUAAUGAAAUGAACGAUAUACAAAAUCAACAUCAACGGACAUAUGAAUCUGAUGUAUGA